ACCCCUCCAGCUCCCCGCCCCAGCCCCAGCUCCUUGGGUUGCCGGCUGGUGGGACCUUGCAGAGGCGGCCAGCAGGCACAGGGGAAGGAGCUCUGGGGCAGCCUUUUAAACCUCUUUUGAUAUUCGCAGUGGCAUUUCUGGCCUUUCCUGUCCCAGGGGGCAGUCAGAGGAUAGGAGGCCCUGACCAUGGCUUCCCAGGCAGCCAGUAACCAAACCAGGCAGCCGGUUGAUGAUGAUGAUGAUGGCUUCGGCAGCUGGUACAUUGACGAACCCCAGGGGCCGGAGGCGUCCCAGCCUGCUGAGGCAGUGUCCGCCUGCCACCCCAGUGUGCCGCUUGGCCUGCCGCAUGCCUGCCUGGCUGCCCUGUCGCUCCUGGCCCUGCUGCUAUUGGCUAUGACCCUGAGGCGCCGCCGGCUCUGGCCCUGCUGUGGGCUUGGCCGGCCAGCACUGCCCAGCCCUGUGGACUUCCUGACCAGGGACAGCCCCUUGCUGGUGCCCGCUGCUCUCCUCGUGGUCCUCUUCAGCUCACUGUGCCUUCUGCUCUCUGGCGAGGACCCAUUGCCCUUCCUGUCCCUUGCCUCGCCUCCCAGCCCAGAUGGGGAAACUGAGACCUCAAGAGGGCCGUGGAGGAUGCUGGCCUUACUCUAUUACCCUGCCCUCCUGUACCCUCUGGCCGCUUGCGCCACAGCUGGACACCGAGUCGCGCACGUGCUGGGCAGUGUGCUAUCUUUGGCUCAUCUUGGGGUGCAGAUAUGGCAGAAAGUGGAGUGUCCCCAAACACCCAAGAUCCACAGGCACUACGCGCUGCUGGCUUCCCUGCCCCUCCUGCUGGGCCUCGGGCUUCUGAGCCUUUGGUAUCUGGUGCAGCUGCUGCAAAGCUUCAGCCACAAGACAGGAGCAGGCGCCAAGCAGGGGUGGCAGGGCAGCUACCAUGAGGAGUAUCUGAAGAGCCUCCUGUGCCGGAAGAACCUGAAAGGCAGCUCCAAUGUCUCCAAACACAGCCUUCUGUUCCGAGCGUGGUGUGGCGCUAGUCACUAUGUCUACAUUCCCCAGCCAGGAUUUCGCCUGCCGCCAAUGCUCCUACUGUCAGCCACACUAACAGGGACGGCCAUCUACCAGGUGGCCCUGCUGCUGCUGGUGACUGUGGUCCCCACGGUGCAGAAGGCCAGGGCAGGGGUCACCACGGACGUGGCCUAUCUGCUGGCUGGCUUUGGGAUCGCGCUGCCUGGGGACAGGCAGGAGAUUGCUGAACUGGUGAAGCGCCAUCUCUGGGCUCUGGAAGUUUGCUACAUCUUGGCCUUGGUCCUGUCCUGCUCUCUCACCUGCCUGGUCCUGAUGCGUUCACUGGUGACACACAGGGUCAACCUGCAGGCUCUGUACCGAGGAACUGCCCCAGACUUGGGCCCCCCAGCCCACAGACCCCAGCCUUCCCGCCCUGCCAUAUUCUGCUGGAUGAGCUUCAGUGCCUAUCAGACGGCCUUCGCCUGCCUGGGCCUCCUGGUACAGCAGCUCAUCUUUUUCCUGACCAUGGCAGCCCUGGCCUUCCUGCUCUUCAUGCCGGCACUCCAUGGCAGCAACCGCCUGCUCCUGAGGGCCCUGCAGUCCUCCUGGCACUUCUGGCUGACUCUGGCCCUGGCUCUGAUCCUACAGAACAUAGCAGCUCGCUGGGUCUUCCUAGACACACGCCACAGCCACCCAGAGCUCACCAACCGGCGAGCGCUGUACGCCACCACCUUCCUCCUGCUCCCCGUCAACGGGAUGCUGGGCGUCCUGGGGGCCACCUGGCGUGUGCUGCUCUCUGCCCUCUACAACACCAUCCACCUGGGCCAGAUGGACCUCAGCCUGCUGCCUCCUCGAGUGGCCACUCUUGACCCAGGAUACCACAUUUACCAGAACUUUCUGGAGCUGGAGGCUAGCCAGUACCAUCCUGCCGCAACCGCUUUCUGCACCCUGCUGCUGCUGCAGGCACAGGAAAGCCGAACCCGUUCUUUAGGGAUCCCUGCCGCUACCCAAGACAGCCUCAGCCGGAGGGAGGAGGAGGAAGAAGAAGGAAUGCAGUUGCUGCAGACCAAGGACGCCAUUGCCAAGGGAGCCACCAGGCCCCGGGCUAGCCGCUGCAGGACCCGUUGGGGCCUGGCUUACACACUGCUGCGAAACCCCAGCUUGCAGGCUGGGCGGAAGAGGGUGCUGUGGGCUGCCCGGGCCAACGGCACCCAGCCCUGAGUGGGCACGACGGACCACUGCUCUGCCCUCCCCUGCCCCAGAAGAAUCUGGCAUGGGAGGUGGGGAGCCCCUCCAAGGACUAUUUGAAUAGGAGCUGUCUGUGUCUAGAGAACUGAGCCUGCCCUUGGCCAUGGGCCUGUGACUGGUCAGGCGCUUGGUCCAGGGGCUGGUGGAGCUGUGGGGCCAUAUCUCGGGCCUAAUCCUUGCCCUGGCUUGGCCACCAGCCUGGCAGCCCUGGGCUAGCCAGGGACCUCACCCUGUGGAGCUGGCAGUGCUGCUUCCUCUGGGACCAGCUGCUCCUCCUCUCUGGCCUAGAAGGAGUGAGACCAGGCCCACACUGGCAGCAGACAUGUCUGUCUUUGGCUGCCUUUUGCUGCCAUGAAGGAGGCCCCAGUGCUCCCAGUAAUAAACUUGUAC